GUCUGUUCGAGUGGACAGAGAUGGAGAGAAUGACGGCUCUGUUUUGCUCAGUGAUAGGGGCCUUCAUUGAUUUUGCACAAACUGUCAGACUUCAGCAUGUAGGUGAAGAUUAUAAUUUUUCCCUGGUCCUACUGGGCCAAAAGAACUACAUUUGCAUGUUGUUGCAUGCACUGGAUUCUACGGCUGUGUUUUGAUGCAAAGCAGCAAUUUGGAAACUUGAUGACCUUAUCUUCACUCUGCUGCAGAAAUGCCUGGAAGCCAGUACCUGAUGACAAACGCCAAGCGCCACCAGAGCCUUAACAGCCUGACGGACAGCUCCAGCACCGGCCUAGAAGACGAGGAGGCCGGAGGCCCGCCGCGCCUCACCCCCCUGCAGAUGCUCACCGACAACAUGUGCAAGGACGACACGGCCAUCAAGGACCAGAUGACUGGCCGCAGGGUGGGCUUCUACCAGGUCCGCGGGGAGAUCGGCUAUGGGACCUUCUCCCGGGUCAAACUGGGUUACCACACUCUGACUAAAGACCAGGUGGCGCUGAAGAUCCUGGAUAAGAAGCGGCUGGACAGUCAGUCCCAGCGUCUGCUCUCCAAGGAGAUCAGCAUUAUGGAGUGCGUGCAGCACCCCAACGUGGUGUGUCUGUACGAGGUGGUGGAGACGCCGAGACGCCUUUACCUGGUGCUGGAGUACGCAGGAGGAGGAGACCUCUGCAACCAGAUAUUCACCCAGGGAAAACUGUCCGACAACACCAGCAAGGUCACCUUCGCCCAGAUCCUUUCUGCCAUCAAAUAUUUGCACAACAACAACAUCAUUCACCGGGACCUGAAGGCCGAGAACGUCCUGAUUAGCAGCAGCGGCUGCGUGAAGGUGGCCGACUUUGGAUUCAGCACGCGCCUUUCCAACCGCAACGACACCCUGGACACUUUCUGUGGCUCGCCGCCCUACGCCGCCCCGGAGCUCUUCAGGGACGAGUGCUACCUGGGGCCCCCGGUGGACGUGUGGGCCAUGGGGGUGCUGCUUUUCUUCAUGGUGACCGGAACUAUGCCGUUCCGCGCCGAGACCAUGGGAAAGCUGCGGCGCUGCAUCCUGGAAUGCGCCUACAUCGUCCCUCCCUGGGUACCCGGCCCCUGCCAGAGGCUCAUCAAGGGAAUCUUGAAGGUGGUCCCCGAUGAGCGCUACGCCAUCGACCAGAUGCUGGGCUGCGAUUGGCUCCUACCUGUGGAGUUCCCCUGGUCAUUGGUGCCGCCUGAACCGGCGAGCCCCCAGCAGAGCCUGCUGGACUCGAAGCGCGAGGACCUGGAGGAGGAGGUCCGGAGCUCGCUGGAGGAGCUCGGCUUCAGCACGGUGCACCGGUGGAACAAUCUGCCCAAAGAAAGCCGCAGCCCUGUAACCGGCGUUUAUCGGAUCCUGCUACGCCGAGCCCAGAGAACAAGGGGCUGCGACAGUCCCCCCGUGGUCCGGGGGAUGGUGAGGGACCCCAGGAGGGAGGGGCUCCGGGCCUACAGGGGCCUCAGACACACCUCCAAGUUUUGUGUGCUUUCAUGAAAGAGUGGUAGAGACGCUUCAGCACAGUUUUUCUACGCACUUUUUUAAUAUAAUGACAUAAUAAUUUACAGU